UAUAUGCACGCACUUAAUAAAUAUGGCGACGGUUCGAAUUUUGUUGUUUACAUUAACUUCAAGUAUUUGCGAAAACGAGAUUGAACGAUAUUAAUGAUGUCGCACAAGAAGGGUCUUGGUUUCAAUAAAUUCACAGGGCAGCGCGCGGCAGGACUGGGGUUCCAUGAGGAAGAUUCCUUGGCAAAAAACAGCCAUCGAGAUCGACCAUCACCUUCUAGUGCACCAGCCAAUCCAGCCUUUCCAGAACUUCAUCUUUUGGACAAGCCCAACAGAGUUUACAACGCAGACGAGUCGGGUUUCUCUAUGGGAAGUAAAGCGGCGUCUGUAAUCGGGCCUACCAAAUCAAAUUAUCCAGCAGGACCGUCUCUUGCCGGUCGCGGUCCCUCGCAGGCUUACACAGGCUCUGGGUACUCGAUCACCACGUACCGUGACAAAAUGGCGCAGAUGAAUGAUCAGGAGCGCAUUAUUGAAGAGAAGAGGCGUCAGAUUCAAGCCAGAAUUGAUGCUAAGCAGAAACAGGCGGCUAAGGAUCUUCCUUUGCCGGCCCCUGCACCCAAACUGCCAGCCAUUAGAAUGCCUGGGAAGUCCAAGCCUAUCACACCAGCCAAGACUGUGGACACACCAAAGCCCAACCUGCUUGUGAAUGAUGGCAAUUUUUUGGAGCGAUUCAAACAGAUGCAGCAGGGAGGGACACUUAAGUCACCAUCAGGUUGGUUGCCUUAUUUGACAAGCACAUGGAUGACUCCUCAAAGGAAAAGCCCGAGUCCAGUAGGCCGCAGUGAUGGGGACAGUAGUGGGAGGAAGUGGUUCCAGGGCGCUAGCAACCCCAAGACAUGGAUCCCUGGGGAGGUCAACAGACACAAGCAACAGGAGGAGAUGCAUCGGAAGACUGAAGUGCCAGAGAAUCUAUUGCACAAACACUUUAGAGACAAAUGGGAGUCUACGUCAGGCAGGGCUGAGAGGAAGUAUAUUUUCAGUAGCAGCAAACGCACUGAAGACAGCUGGCAAGAUGAAGGUUACCGACGUUCUGACAGAGACAGAGACGAAGGCGGAAAAGAGCAUAAAAGCAAAUGGAAUCGCAAUCGAUCCCCGUCCCCAAAGAAAUCAUUCCUUGCUCAAAAGGACGACCAGUCUGCACAUAUGCUGCAGGUGAAGGCCACACUGGAGAGUGUUGCUAUGCAACAGACUGUCACAGAGGCAAUUGGAAUGCUCAAAGCAGCACAGCCACUGCCUGGGCCAGCAUUUCAGCAGGACAUUCAGGAACAUUUGCAGCUAACAGGGCAUGCCCAGCUGAUGACACUGCCCCCUGGAGAGGCCUCUAUACAGCAGAUUCUCCUGUCCAGCCAGCCUGGCCCCUCUGGGGAGCACCUGGCCCUCCAUCAGCUGCCCCAGGGUCCACCUCCGACCCUAGGCCCUGUUCAGACUGUACAGAUCAUACAGCAACCAAUUCAACAGAUGCAGAUGAGCAUGCCGCAGAUCCAGCCCAGCUCACAGCACAUCUACGUGGCUGCAGGCCCACACUUAACUCAGCAGACCCAGUUACAGCUGGCACAUCCCCAGGGGCCGUUCACAAGUCCCGCCCCACCAGUGGCUCAGCAACAGAUUGUUGUGUCUGCCCCUCCUCCCAUGCAAAACCUUCCGCCCCCUGGCAUGCAGCCCCAAAUGCAGAUCCAGCACCCUCCCCUGACUCAUUCCCCUCAUCAACCACUGCCCUUAGCACCCUCCCCACAACCUAUUGGCUUCCAUGGGGGAAUGCAACCUGCACCCAUUUCUGUUUCAAUGUCUAUGGCCCCUCCAUUAGACAUGCCAAAAUCUUUGGCCCAUGUGUCGAUGGCCUCUAGCUCAGGCAUGUACCGAAUGACAAGUAUGAGCAUGGCCCCUCCAGGGGAGCCCCAUGCAGCCCCUAUGUCAACCGUCACUUUCACAAUAGCCCCUCCCCCUUUGCAUUCAAUUUCUCACUCUCACAUGCACCCCAUCCAGCCUUCAGUCAUUCAGCAGCAGUAUAAUGUACCUCCCCCAGAGACAAUCAGCAUACAGACUGGCCCAGUGCAGAUGAUAGACAUUUCGCAGCCACCCCCACAGAAUCUUCCCCAGCCCCCUCCGCAAACCAUUCAGCUGCUACCCAACACAAGUCAGCCGCCUCCAUUCCUAAGCCAAGUCACAGUCUCUAGUCUGUCCACUCCUCCUCCCCCAUUUGUCAGCCAGGCUCAGGGUGGGCCUGUUCCUCUAAUUUACUCUUCCCAAGCGCCCCAUUUUGUCAGUCAGCCCCAGUUAAUUGAAACCCAGCCGUUAAUGAAUCCUCCACAUCAGAUCAUUACACAUGCACCUCCCCAGAUGCAGAUCCAUCCCAGUAUGUCCCAGGCCAUGCCCAACAUGGCCCAGCCACCUCCGUCACUGACCCCUCAUCACACCAAUCUGGCCCCUCCCCAUCUCAGUAUGAGCCACCCUCCUCCCAAUGUCAUGCCCCCAGUUAGUACACACUACAGCAUGCAUAAUCCCACCUUUGUGAAACAGGAACCCUUGGAUGGUUUCCAGCCAGCCACCAGUGUGCAGUAUACUAUUCUCCCCCCUCCUGUCUUUGUCAAGCAGGAAAUACAGGGGUUUGUAGAACAUCAAGUUCCUGGAGGCGCCAAUGAGUACACAACAGUGAUGGGAGAAUACGGGCCAGUGAUGGUCAAGAAGUUUGACCUUAAUGUUCAGCGACCUGUGGGCGGUAGACCCCAAGUGAAAAGUGAGAAUGCCUAUGACCCUGCCAUGCCCACAGAGGGAGAUUCACCAGUUAAAGAAACCAAUGGCGAACCAGAUCGAAAAGGAAACUCACAGAAAAGAAAUUCAGUUUCUCUACCAGAGAACCCGGCCGCCCAAGAGAUGAUCGACAGUCUCGCUAUGAUGGCUGCAUGCGGCGGCGAGGACACCAUCAGCCGGAUCCAGGAGGAUGCCAAAGUCAACCCAGACUUGUGGUUUCUGUCGCACACUGACAGCCCAGAAUACAAGUACUUCAUGUCAAAACUGUGUGAGCUCCAGUCAGGCAGUGGUGCUGGAGCAAAGGAUAGGGAUGACAGCAAUUCAAGAUCAGCAAAGAAAAGAAAAAGAAAAAGCAGAUGGGGUCCUGAGGAAGAGAAAGCUGUGAGUGAGCCAGCCCCCCAGCCCCUACCCCAGCCCCACUGUGUGACCCUACAGGAGUUCUCCAGGAGAAUGGUGGGAAGCGACACCAUUGAUGCAGAGCAGCUCAAACAGAUACGAGAACAGAGGGAGAUAAACAUGAUGUAUGAGCUGAUAUUGGCCCAGAAGAAAGCCCACGAGGCGGCGCUGAUGGCAGAGCUGCCUGGCAUCAAGGUCAAACCCAAGUAUGAGUACGACUCUGAUGAGGAAACAGACGAACAUGGCACCUGGGAGCACAGGAACCGCAUGCAGGAGAUGGAGGCAACCAGGGACUGGGCGGAGGCGCUGACGGAGGCAGGUCGAGGCAAGCACCAUAUUGGUGACUUCCUGCCACCAGACGAGCUGGAACGCUUCAUGGAGACGUUUGAUGCACUCAAGGCAGGCCGCACACCGGACUACAGCGACUACAAGGACUUCAAGAUCAAGUGUGAUAACAUUGGAUACCAGAUGCUCCAGAAACUUGGCUGGAAGGAGGGGGAGGGACUGGGGUCAGAGGGCCAGGGAAUCACUGCUCCCGUCAACAAGGGCAAUGUCUCAGUGGACGGGCGUGGUGUGGGAGUGGAGAGGCCAGAUGGGCUCACCAAGGAGGAUGAUGAGUUUGACGCCUACAGGAAGAGGAUGAUGCUUGCUUACAGGUUCAGGCCUAACCCACUGAAUAACCCAAGAAGACCAUACUACUGAUCCGUGAACCUGCAUGUCUCAUUUCUUGAUGUUAAUCUAUAUUCUUAACAUGGUUGAGUGUAUACCGGUAUACAUGCAUUGUGAAUAUGCAAUUGAGAUCAUUGUAUGUUACAACUCUUCAACUGAUUUACCAAUUUGGAUCUUUAAGUUGUUAUCAGUUAAUCAAAUGUAUUUUUAAGGUCUAAAAAUCAUGUCUACUACAAGCCCAUGUGUUAAAAAUGACUUUCAUGAAGAUCUACAUCUCUCUAUGAGCAUUAAUAAGAAUGUUUUAAUUUUCAGUUAAAUACAUUGUGUUUCUGUUUACUAAUUAACUAUUUUUAUUUUUAUACCAUUGCAAUUGCUCAUAAUUGUGGGAAAAAAAUGAAUUAGCAAAUAGCAGCAGUCGUAUCUUAGUGUAGUAAAAGGAGUAGCUUUGUCCAUACUUUGUUUCAACAUACAAGGGAUCAAUAUUGGAUGUAAUUAUAAUUCAUGUCAACUCACAGAUUGUGUGUCAAUAUGUAGGUGUUAAAUAUUGUCGAAUGUAGUAAAAAAAUUAAAUACAAGUCACAAAAAGCUACGAUUUUACUGUCUUCAUUUUGAAUUGUAAUAAGCAAAUGUUAAUUGUGUAAGAGGUAACUAGGAAAAACACUAAAAUAACCAGUUAACUGCUGUUAUCAAUAGUAUGCAUGUGACUGUAAAGAUUAAGAAGCAGUGAAGCGUUAUUUUUGUAAACAUAUUCAUCUACCGGUAAUCAGAAGUGAAUGCAUGUCAGAUUUUAUAUUAAGGAUGGGAUCCAAGUGUUAGAAGUGGCCAAAUAAAGUGUGCACACAGUAAACAUUUAUAAGCAUCAACAAUAGGACAUUAAGAGUGUUUAUGAACUAGUGCAGUAUGCAAGCUGAUGUAAAUAGUCAAGGAUUUUCAGACUGAAGUGUGAACUGUUGAUGUAUUAUUUGCUUAGAUAUAAGCGUGAAACUCUCGGAUGUAAGGUUGGACCGGUAAUUGGUUAUUGUUUGCUAUGGAUAAUGGGAAUGCAACGUCGCAUAGUAAAGGCCACGUAAAAUAAGGCAAGCAAGAGUUCACAUUUAGUUAUCAAUACCAGUUUGUGUAUAGAGAAACGCUCACAUUUUGCACAUAUUGCUUGAACAAAUACUAAUUUUGCCCCUAAGUCACCAUAUUUUGAAAUUAAUAAAUUGAAGCACUUGUGACUUAAAGGUUGAUUGAUUUGAGCAUUAGUCAUAUUAAAGUCAUCUUCAUGAAACUUGGUCCAAAGAUUUGUCCUAACGUUAUCUUGGUCGAGUUUGAAACUGGGUCAUGGUCACAAGGUAAAAUUAAAGAAAAAGCUUGUUAACACUCUAGUCACAUUUAUUUCCAAUAUUCACGAAACUAGGUCAUAACAUUUGUCUUAAUGAUGUCUCAGCCAAGUUCGAAAAUGGUUUCAGGUUGUUGUUCUUGUAUCAAGUUUAUGUAGCUUAUGUGUAGGCCUAAAUUAAUACUGCUUUUGGGGGCUCACCGGGACAAAAUCAAGGAUACUUAAAAAGAAAUGGUGUGCGCUAAAUGACUAGUUAGUAAACAGGUUUUGUAUCGGACUUGUAUGUGUGUGUAGCAUAUAGGGAUACCUAUUGAGCUGGAACAAAUCGGAUUAUGGAUAUAGUUACAAUAAUGGAGCAAUGGUUUCGACUCAAUAUGUUUAGUUUGUAUUGCGAUGUAUUGGUAAAUUUUAUUACUUUGGUAACUUAUAUGCUAAUUAAGCGUGGGCUAGCAUUAUUUAAUAAAAUAAAAAUAAAACGUUGAAAACUU